AUGCUUUCUUAUUUUUUGCUACUGUUUGCUAUUGCAAUAAUUGUAUAUUUUAAAGAUGUAUCUCCUAUCGGAUCUGCAGUAGGGUUUUCUGUAAUUGGCUACGUGGCAGUUGAUGUAUUGAUCCCACAAGUAGGUGAUUCCUUCAUCAAGAUUGGUUUAUUUGGCAAAGAUAUGAGUAAACCUGGUAGGCCAGUGAUUCCAGAAACAAUUGGAUCUGUAUCUGCUACAGUGUAUUUGUUUAUCAUGUUCUUUUCGAUUCCUUUCAUGUUUUACAAAUAUUUGGUGAUAACCUCUGGAGGUGGAAAUAGAGAUCUGGUUUCUCAAGAAUCGACGGAGGAACAGCUAUUCCCACAUAGUAAGUUAAGUGAAUUUUUAAGUGCACUUUUAUGUCUUGAAUCCACGAUAUUACUAGGUGCUGCUGACGAUUUGUUUGAUCUUCGCUGGAGACAUAAAUUCUUCCUACCAGCAAUUGCUGCGAUUCCAUUACUUGUAGUCUACUAUGUUGAUUUUAGCGUUACCCAUGUUUUGAUCCCUAAGUUUGUACAAGAGUUAAUUGGUACAAGCAAGACAUCCAUUGAUUUAGGCGCUUUCUAUUACUGCUAUAUGGCUUCGGUCGCCAUUUUCUGUCCAAAUUCAAUUAAUAUAUUGGCUGGUGUCAAUGGACUUGAAGUUGGGCAGAGCAUUGUCCUAGGCCUAAUAUUUAUGAUUAAUGAUGUGUUGUAUUUAACUAUGGGUGUGAACGGACAUGCUCGUGAAUCACACCUAUUCUCACUUUUAUUGAUCGUCCCAUUCCUCGGAGUCUCACUAGCAUUGUUCAAAUGGAACCGCUGGCCUGCAAAAGUAUUUGUCGGUGAUACUUACUGUUACUUCGCUGGUAUGGUUUUCGCUGUAGUCGGUAUUCUUGGACACUUCUCGAAGACUACGUUACUAUUCUUUCUACCACAAAUCUUCAAUUUCAUCUAUUCAGCUCCACAAAUAUUCGGAUUGGUGCCUUGCCCAAGGCAUAGACUACCGAAAUUUAACGAGAGUGAUUGGCUAAUGUACACAUCACGAGCAGAUCUUAUAAAAGAAAAACCGAAGCCAGUAAUGCAACCGAUAUUGAGACUUUUGCACAAAUUGCGAUUAAUCGAUUUGAACAUCGAUCCCAAAACAAAUACAAUUUUAGAUUGCAGUAAUAUGACGUUAAUCAAUUUAAUGAUUGUGUGGUUUGGGCCUAUGAGGGAAGAUAAGCUAUGUUACUCUAUACUCGCGCUGCAAUUCAUUAUUGGAAUAUCUGCGAUAUGUCUAAGACAUUUAAUUGGAUCACUAUUAUUCGGGAACGAUAAUUUAUGGAACAUCGUUUAG